CCCACUGUGUCUGCUUAAAUACGGUGGGAGAGAUGAAUAAUGGAGCUACAUUUCUCCACAACAGAAGAAGCUGGAGCGUUAAAAUAGGCUGCAAGAGAGUUGUGAAGAGGAAUUUUACGGAAUUUAGAAUUUUACGCAGAGGGAGAAGAAUAUGGUGACAUUUACGUAACUAAAACAGGGCUUCCUGUGGGCGCCAGAGCAGGAGGACAGCACACGAAAUGCAGAUCAUCUUUUUAUUAUUUCCCAUAUACUCUACAGUGAAUGUCUUCUGAAAGAUGGAUUUAGAGCUGCAUGGUCUGGCUUAAAUGUGCACAUAACAAGACAGAAGCAAUGAGUCGUCCUAUCACCCCACUGGCCAGUGUGGUGUCUACUCUGGGCGGACUUGUCUUUGGUUAUGAGCUGGGCAUCAUAUCGGGUGCUUUACUGCAGCUCAAGGCUGAUUUCAGGCUGUCGUGCAUUCAGCAGGAGGCGCUGGUCAGCUCCUUGCUGAUAGGAGCCUUGCUGGCCUCGAUCAUUGGCGGCUGCCUAAUUGACCGUCAUGGCUCCAGGAACUCCAUCCUCAUCAGCAAUGUCAUGAUCCUGACAGCCAGCCUGGUUCUGCUCAUCAACUCAUUCUUAGCACUGGUUAUAGGAAGGAUCACAAUAGGCUUUGCCAUGUCUGUAUCCUCCAUGUCCUGCUGCCUCUUUGUGUCUGAGGUAGUAAGUCCAGACCGCAGAGGUUUCCUGGUAACACUGUAUGAGGCUGGGAUUACUGUGGGCAUCCUGUCAGCUUAUGCCAUUAACUAUAUCCUGUCUGGCUCUAAAAGAGGGUGGAAGUGGAUGUUUGGUCUAGCUGUGGUACCAACACUGGUACAGCUCAUGUCCAUCUGCUUACUCCCUUCCAGUAGUAAGGAUUCUUUCAACCAGAGUCAGUGCUUUCAAAAUGACAGGACUGAAGCCCAAGAAGCAGAUGACUCAGAAGUGCAGUCUAGCAAGAGAAAUAAGAAGGUUCAACACAGCACUUUCUACCUGUUCAAGCGCCAGGACAAUAUGAGGACUCGGACUGUCAUCGGGCUGGGAUUAGUACUCUUUCAGCAGUUCACAGGCCAGCCAAACGUACUCUUUUAUGCCUCCACCAUCUUCCACACAGUGGGAUUUCAGAGUGACUCCUCAGCAGUGUUGGCAUCAGUUGGGUUGGGAUUGGUCAAAGUGAUUGCUACUCUGAUAUCCAUGGCGUUUUCAGACAGAGUGGGCAGAAGGCCUCUGCUCAUCGGAGGCUGCUCUGUCAUGGCUCUGUGCCUAAUAACCAUCGGACUCCUCAGUGGACAUUCGCAGGUGACCGCUAUGAGACCUUGUAAUUCUCAAAACAUUGACGAUAACGAAACACAUGCAUAUCACUCACCUGUUGGCAAUGACUCUGUUUUUGAUAUGUCUCUGGCUGGAAGCCACUCUCUUUUUAAAAACACCACACAAGAUAAAGAUGUAGUGUUCAAUAAAAUCGGCCACAUUUCUUUGGAACCCACUCCAGAAACUUUUCCUAAAGUCCACGGCAAAGUAUUCAACUGGAUCAUCCUCCUGUGUAUGAUGGGUAUUGUCAGUGCAUACUCUGUUGGAUUUGGACCAAUGACAUGGCUCCUCCUGAGUGAAAUAUUUCCAGCUGCUGUUAAAGGAAGAGCAUUCGCAUUCACCAACUGCUUCAACUGGGCUGCAAAUCUGCUGGUCACCUUCACCUUCUUGAAUGUUAUUGAUAUGAUUGGACUGUCAGGGAUGUUUCUUGUGUAUGGGCUAACUGCUGUGGCAGCUGCAGUGUUCUUCUACUUCAUGCUACCAGAGACAAAAGGGAAGACUCUGGAGGAAAUAGACAAGGAGUUGCGUUUGAACAGGUUUUACCACCAUCGGGAGUGCUGUGGCUUCAUCAGCAGCAGAAAUACCUCCCCGCGAUACCAGAGAGUGCACUAUCAGGUUUGCACAUCGGACUGAACCAAAAAGAUAAUGAACUGUUUAGGAAGACAUCACCUCAAACAGCUGACCUGAAAUCUUUAGUCAAAAUAAAAGUCGAUAGUUAGCGUGUGCCUAAGUUCAUGAGGGUUGAACAUGAAUGAUAUAGGACUUUGUAACAUGUCUUUUGAAUUUAACUGGGUGACAUGAGUUUUUUUUUUUUUACCAUUGUGGGCUUAUUGGAUUUCUUUGUUAAGGGAACUUAACAGGUCAACUAUCUUUCCAGCUCUUCCUUUAGAACAAACAAACAACCUUUAUUUGUCACAUACACAUUCAUACAGAGUACAACAUGUAGUGAAAUGCUUGUGUCCAAGCUGCAGAGACAUAGAUGUAGCUGCGGCAUUCCAGGACAUGGUUUUAGCA